UUUAUUUAUUAUUUUGGCUCUAAAUUUUUCUUCUUUCAAUAAUACAUUGCUAUUAUUUCAGUUUUAGCUUGAUACACCUUUUGAUUACGAAAAUAUAUAAAUAUUGUUUGGGCAAGAAGCCUUAAGGGCAGCUUACCAAUGUCUGCAAUCAUGGUCAGUACGACAGUCGACAAAGAGGGAGCUGUGUAUAAUAGUUUCGGAAGAAAUGACAUCGGUGCAUACCGAAGAGAUGGCCGCCCCAUCGACGAUUGCCUUUCUGAUGACGACUUCCAAGAAGGAUUGAAAUUCAUGCCACGAUCCAAUGUAGAAGUAAAUACAGAUGCUAGAAAUGAUUCGAAAUUAUCGCCGCACGAGACCAGUUACGACACGGAUUCGUCCAAUGAAUGCAACAGAAAACUUUCACCCACAGAAAAUAACUGGGAAGACAAUACGUCAUCGCAGAAAAUCAUUGAUGAGCGUGAUCGAUUCGAAGAGGAAAAAACAUUUGACAAUGCAAAUGUUCAUAAAUUUCAACCGAUCAGUAAGCCAAGCGAUUCACCGACAUAUUCUCCUACAUAUGUUGCCAUAAAAGACUCUGAAAGCGGAACGACAGAAAGAGGGGAAUCGUCAAAUUCAGAAAGUCCAGUUUCGCCAUUUGUCCGUCGACCAGCUUCUAUUGAAGAUCCCCAAGAACCUCGUUCCUCGCCGCCACCUUUGUUACCUCGUGAAAUGUCAAUUCCGUUUGCACUAAAUAGCCGAUCACAUCUGUAUCAAGAACGGGAAAGUGCGAGAAGCCCGCCGGAAAUUGUACCGUGCUCUUUCGCCAACGCCGAUGUUUUGAGCCGGCGCUCAAUGGAAGAAGAAGAUGCGACUCGUGGUUUAAACCCACUUAUGGGACCUCCAUUUUGUUUUCCGCAUGGGGGUUCAAACAAUUAUAGCAAAGAAAGUAAAUGUCCAACUCCCGGAUGCGAUGGAACAGGUCAUACAACAGGCAAUUAUACACAUCACAGAAGUUUAUCCGGAUGCCCACACAAAGACAAAGUACCCAAACAAAUCCAGGCACUCCAUGACCGCUCUCCAAAAUGUCCAACUGAUGGUUGUACCGGCAAAGGACAUAUUAAUGGAAACAGACAAACUCACAGAAGUUUAUCAGGAUGUCCAUUGGCAGCCCCAAGCAAACUGAAAUUUCCUUCGUCCGAAGGAAAAACUCCUUCAAGCGAAUAUCUUUUCAACCCCAUUCAACAUUUCAGUGAAGUUUUUCCGACGUCUGUUCCGACAACUUUGUUAUCAAAAUCUCAACUAAGAAUGGAUAGAAAUCAUGUUCAACCAAGAAGUAUUCGAUUGACUCCGCCUAUUUAUUCCCACUCGGAUGAAAGAAAUAAUUCAGAAAAGAUAAGGAUCGAUUCGAGUGAAUCAGACUACCAGAGACAAACGUCUUCCAACAGAUCUUCUCCUGAUGUUGACCCAAGUAUGCGAAAAAAGGAGCAGACAUCGCCAGCAAAUUCCACGCGCAGAAACAUGGGGCUCCCUUUGCCGAAAAGUCACCAAAAUGGUGAACAUCUUACAAAUGAGGAGGUUCAUAGAUUAAUGGGAAAUCGAAUGGCGCCUCCACCAUAUAAUGCGUUUGCAGCAAAUUUUGGUCUGCUAAACCCAAGACUUGUAUGGGAACAAGAGGCAGCAAAAUUAGCAGCUCUUCAACUCAUGGCAACCCAACCUGCCCUAAGUCAAAUGUAUCCUGCACUUUUUCUGAACCCCCUUUUUUCCGCUUCGAUACCACAAGCGAAGAAUCCGCUUAAACGCGCCUUCGACAGCGCUUUUGAAUCGAUUUCUAAAAGAAGAAACAUUGAUGAGAAGUUUCUAACAAUAGCAAACGAAAAGCAAGAGUUUGCUUCAAAACUCAAAUCACUGAAUGCUGGACCACCUGAGCUCAUAAAGCCCAAUAUUGGUCCAUUUGGAUUUUCUACACCUCCCGCGUUUUCCAGACUUCACGAUUAUCAUCGGUCAGUUUUAUCAAAUACUGCUGUAUCACCGGUUUAUUCCGACUCCAGUGACAAUUCCAGAAGAUCAUCCGGAGUGGAUGGGAACGAAAAAGACUCCGGUAUUUUCUUUGGAAACCAAGAUCAAUCUAAAAGUUGGAGCGAAAAUUCGGUCAAAAGCCUAUUGUCUGAGAAGAACGGGUCACCCUCAACCCCAGCCGAAUCCGAUAACUCUGUCGAAGAAGCAUUAGAUUUGAGAGUAAAGUCCAACACAAAAGAGAAAGUUUCUCAAAACAAAUUCAAACUCGGGAAUGAAAGUGAUUCCAACGACCACCGUCAACCAUACAUAGCACGUGAUAAUAUAAGAAAAUAUAUGACUGAGCACAUAAAAAAAGAUUUCAAUGCUACACAACCAAUCAUAUCAAAUAUGCUUAAACUGAAUGAGUCGCCAAAUUUACCCGUGCCACUGAGAGAGAUAUUUUUGAAAUGCAACAAAUCCCACCUGGAUGAAACCAAUAAAAAGGGUAUCCGCAAUACUCCCGGAGGCUUGGAAUUGUUACCGAUGGCAGCCUUGUCAGCUGAACAGAAACCUGAUAUGUUCUCUGGAUCUAGAAUAGAUCAAAUAUUAAACCAUCAAAGACAAAGUCUAGCCUACGCUUCAAAACCUUCUUUGAUUCACGGAUCUCCAGAUGCAUGGUUUUCAAGAUCUCGUCUUCAACCAUUUCAUCGAAUGUCAACACCAGUGAAGCAAAAAGAAAAUUCUUAUUCCAAAGGAUUGAAGUCGAGUCCUGAAAUGAAAACGCCUUCGAUGAUGGUGAAUCCGGUCGGACACAGAAAUCUGCUAUCGGUACCUCUGAUGACGCCACAACAUAUGACGUCACCUAUGCAAAAUAUGGAUCUCAAAGCGCUUCUGGCAUCAAAUCCCAACAGCCAAUUAGCACAAGACUGUAAUAAGAAAGGACGACAAACCUGCCCAAUGCCAGGAUGCGAUGGAUCUGGACAUUCUACUGGAAAUUACACUUCACACCGAAGUUUAUCUGGAUGUCCACUAGCACCAAGAUCUCUAGUAUCGCAGUUUUCGACCGAGAAAAAAUGUCCGACUGAAAAUUGUGAUGGCUCAGGACACGUGACAGGAAACUACACUUCACAUCGGAGCUUGUCAGGUUGUCCAAGGGCGAAAAGAUCACGAAUUUCUGAACAUCGGAGUGAAAUAUCAGCCACUGUAAACCUUAUCAAUAAAGAGGCUUCUAAUAUAAAGCAUCAAUCCAUGCAAAAUUACCAAAAUAACAAGGUAACUGAUACGGAAAUAUCUCGGGAAACGGAAGAAUAUGAUCUCCACGUAAAGGAAAGACAGCAACAGCCUGAAACUUCGACUCAGAAUAAUGAAAGUUUAGAUAGAUCGUUGGAUAACGCAGAGGAACGACAGAGAAGAGUGAGUCCAUCGCCUAUUCACGUUAAAAUGGAAGCAACCGAUUGCCCCGAACAGCCGUUUUGCGCACGCGAGUCGGAACAACCAACUUCUCAAGAAUCAAAUAUUGGUGAAAGUCGAGAGGAAUUAAUCAAGAUCAUUUUCAAUACUGUAAACGCUCGAAAAGAAUUGAGUUUGUACGAAAAUGACGUCAACACACAAAAUCUGAUCAACAAGCUCGCCGGCAUUGCUCUCCCUCAUACCAGAGAAUUUCCAACGGACGAAAAUUUUACUUCGUAUCUUUUUCAACUACGGCAACAUUUGAUGGAUCAAACAAAUGACGAAAACCGUGCGCUGCUGGCAGUCGUAAAAGAAGCUUUCUCUGGCGUUGAACGCCAUUUUCAUUCAUAAACUAGAAUUGUAAUAAUAUAAUCUGAAUUUGCAAUAAAAUAUGACUUCAAAAUUUCAAUCAUAUACGCAUAUUUAUGCUUUCGCUGCCCAAUGUCAUUAGAUAUUAUUUUAUAAGUUUUUUUAUGGAUGAGUUAUACCUGCAAGCUGAAUUUUGAUGUUAUAUGUUAUACAACUUAUAAAUAAGCGCUCAACUAAAGCAGAAAGAGCGUCGUUUAUGAGAAUUACUGACGUACUGUGAAAUAUUCUUCAUUUUAUAGAAAUGCACACUUGGCCAGUUUACUGAUCAUAUUAUAUUUCUUUUGUAGUUCCGUAUUUUUUUUCUUCUUUUUUUUUCAAUCGUUUGCUUAAUAAAUAUACAGAUAUCACA